CGUAGUCAUGGUCGACAAAGGCACCAAAGUUUUGAACUGUAGGCUAACGACCAUUCAGUGGGUCUGCGGCCAGAUGGCACUUCGAACCUUGGAUCCAUUGCGGGCACUAUCGAUCCCAUCUGGUAUCCGCAAACCUUAAUGACACCGAAAAACCUUACAGACGUCCGACAUGUCAACAUGCUUUCCUUGGACGAGCGGCGCCCUGCACGCGAUACCGAACGGGCAUGUUAUGUUCUGCACGCAUAGGGCUGACUGAAUCCUCCGUCGCACCGUGGAGGCUGUGACUUGGCGGACGAUGGACGUAAAGUAAGCAUGUGAAGUUGUGUUCAGGUCGACUUCCCCACCCUGAGGCGGACUCAACGACUGCGGCAAACGACGAUCGUUCGACCCGUGCCCCUCGCCCAGAAUAACCACUUCACGACGUGCAACGCGCAGAUUUGGGGCGGCGUUUGUGGCAGAGCAUGCUGCAUGCAAGAUUCCCAUGCCCUCCAUCACCAUACCCACUAGGGCAACGCCGCCAAUGGGAACGGUAAGCGCUCACAAUGGCUGCCGACAUCAGCGGACCGUUGUGCUCCGGCCAAUUGCGCCCCUGCAUGCCUGUAUGUCCCUCCGACUGCAAUCGGCUGAAGCACAAAGCCUUGUUGCCCCAUGCGGUCCCAUCACGAGCGCGCGUAAGCCUGAUUCUGGCGCCUCUGACAGAUCUACCCGGCGUGCAGCCGGACCGCAUGCAAGGCCCGUAGAACCCGCGCAGGACAGUGGAUGUGUGGCGGCAACGGUGGAAGGGGGAGAGCUCUUUGAAACAAAUUACGAGGACCCUGGUAGACAGCAAUGCAGUCUACAUUGGCCCGAAUCAAACGAUGUGCACUGCAGUCUUGUCAUGCGAAAGCGCGCUGUCUUCUCGGAGGCAUACUGCAGCGGCUCGAGCCUUCCGCUGCACUCGGUGUGGCACGCUUACCCUCCCAAGUGCCGCGAACCACGCUGCCUCCUCGUCCAAGACAUGACGACCUUUAGGAAACCCACCUCGUCGUCCCAGGACGCAUGUUCACAAGCUAUCAGCCACACAUAUCAGGUAAUCACAGAAGCGAUUCACAAUUUCCACACAAAGCCCUCUCGCGCCGGUACGCUAUCGAAAGGGCUGACCUAGCACGGCGCGAUCUCCACGCGGGCACCGUCGGACCCUGGCCGCCCGUCCCGAUCUCCAGUCCCUCCUUCCGUUCCUUGCUUAGGCUCCCGCUCAACGGCGCCGCACGCUUGCG